AUGAGCACGGCUCAGAGCAUCCGACCCGCGGCGGUUUCGGGAGACGCCGUCUUUAUCCACGACGAGCGGCGCACGACCAACAAAUCGUGUUUCCUGUGCCGCGAACGCCGCGUGCGGUGCGACCGAACAUGGCCGGCAUGCAAGAGAUGCUCGAAGCGGCGAGAGGACUGUCACUAUGGGCCUGGCGUAUCCGUGUAAGUCCCGGUUUCGUGCACCGGGUCUAUGCACGUUUAGAUGCGCGCGCGCCCGUGCAGCGACGGAGUUAUCUCGUCGUGCAACUUGGGAACUGAUCCGAUCGCUGUGUAUAUGCGCAUACAGUGAGACCAAGAACGACCCUGGUGAAUCUGUACGCGUUGCAGAACUCGAGGCCAAACUGGGUAUGUACCUCCCACUGCUCGUUACGAUCUCCCCGUCCCUCGAGCAGAAUGAGCGCAGUCGGAAGUGUGCUUCGAUCCGAAUCGCGAGCCUUGUGGGUCAAAUGGGGCUCUGCGCACAUGGAGGUGCUUUUUACGGAAGUGUAGUUGUAGACAGAUGCGUCAACAGAUCAUGUGUGAUUUGCUCGUUCCUGGCCCGGUGGGCAAAUUCGACACAGUACACGGCCAGCUCGCUGACAUUUAGAUUCCUCGCUUUCGUCUUUUCCCUUCGCUCUCGGCGAUCAAUCGUCGAUUUCAAAUUUCGGUUCAACCCCUCUGUGAAAUCAACUCGCCCUCGCUCAGCUGCUGUACAAGCUCAACUAUACGCGACGCAAAAGGAACCCAGCUCAUACACAGGUUCAGGUCACCUGCAAGGCACAUCGGCCUCGGCCAGCUCCUCAAAUAAUGACCCAGGAGGCCAACGCCAUUCGGGACUAUUCGGCACCGGAAGCUUCAGCGGAAGCGUGAGCGGGAGUGGAAGCGGCAUCGGUAGCUAUUCGGGCAAACCACCCUCGAGUUCAGGCGGAAGAUCUGGAUCCGACACGGGAGCUGCCUACACCAACCCGAAUCAACCCAUUUCCAUGGGCCACCCGGAGGAGCUCCCGUCGACGAUCCUCCAAACGAUCCUUCCGCAGGCCUCGUCGCAAGACAAGGAGGUUCUGAUGAGCUUUCUGUUUGGGCAAAACAAAUUGGGCACGGCGAGCCUCGACUCGAGGUUGGCGGCGGCUCAGCUUGCGCAGAGCUUGACAUUACACCUCUUAGACGGUGAGCAUGCUCUUAUUGCCAACUGGCAGUCCACGGCGAGGUAUCGCCAGUGUGCCGGCGAAGUUGAAGUCGAACUAGGCUGACCUGAGCAAAUCUUGCCUCCUCGUAGCGAGCCAAUACUGUUGCUGUUCCAAGCUUUCGUCAUUCAGGGCCUUGACGGACAAAUUGCCAUACCUCAAAGCAAACCUUUCUUCCCUGUCGCCGGUGAACCAGGCUGCCGUCGCCAUCCUCUGCGCGAUCGGCGCCAGAGGGUCCCCGCAUUCUGUGAGUUAGCAGCGCAGGUGAAAGCUGGAGUUGACUCGACGGAUCUGGGCUGACCUUGAAUGAACGUCCCAGGCCCUCCUUGGCAUAGACAUCCCCGGUCUGGCGAAUGGGACUGCACCGCCAUCGGUUUACCUGACCGUCGGUGCGAGACGAGAAAACGCUUGCCGCGCGCUGGCCGAUCGAGCGAUUGACCUGUGUUGGUAUGGCCGUUUGAUUAAGGAGGGCAGCAGGGAGAAUCUUGAGGUGCUGGUCGGCUUGAGUGCGCUUUUGAUUUGUAAGUGACCGUCUACACUGGUUCUGGGACUUAGAUGACCGUAUGAGCUCACCCACCCGUCUUCGCUGAAUAUCUAUCUCAGUGGACGAGGUGCAACCACGCAAGAGCCGCUUCAUUCUGCGCAAUGCCACCGGCAUGUUUGAAGACCUUCAACGAAGCGACGACCUCGAUCAGCGGGAAACGCUUGACAUGCGGCAGACUCUCGCCUCAGCCCUCUUCGUAAGUGUGCUUUGCCCGGGACCGAUCAGGUGAAAUUGGGCCUGACGCCGAGAUUGUUGGCCUCCUUCCUCUGCAAAAGCGCGACGACGCCGUGCAUGCUGCGCAGCUCAACCAGCCACCGCUGAUCAGUUCGUUUGAGCUCGAAGAGUAUUUCACGUGCACGGACCAGCGGAUACCCGACUUUGGCGGCCCGCAGCUAUCGGCGAUCCUUGAACAACAAUUGCGUACGCCCGAUGGAGAGCCGCUGUCGCUCGAAGCAUUGGAGAGGGCAGUCAACACGGUCUCAGUCUGGGUCUGCUUCUGUCAGCGGACUUUUGCUCGUAUCACGACUGGUCGGUGGUGUCUGUCUAUUGUCUCAGCCUUUCAUCUUGUUGCAAGCACUAUUUGAGCUCGACUGACGCGCUCUCGUUCUCCUUGAUUGCACAGUCCGCCGACCUAGGGCACCCUCAGCUUUGGGAGAUCUUGCGACACUGUGGCGACAGAUCGACACCGUUCACUCCUCGGUGCAACGCCUGCAACAAUUCAUCGUCGCCUUAACCGAGCCCCCGCCCGGCUCAGAGGGAGAUCCCUAUGUGCUGGACCAUUACGUCCUUCUCGCCGUGCGGGCCGACACGAGGCUGAUCGACCUCGUAAACCUCAUGCAUAAGUUCCUGAUGCGUCCCGAUCUGCUGGAUGGAUGGGGUGGACCGCCUGGGGCAAACCCUGUCGAGAUCAUCCAACGCAUGCGCAUCGAGUCAGUAAUGCGGGUGCGCAAGGUGCUCAAGUUGUCUGCGUGAGUGUUUGCAGCAAAUUAUUGCAGUAUGAGACCGAAUUGCCUUAGUCCCGCUGACCCAUCCCGGCUUCCAUCUUGAUCAGGUUCUACGCACAACUCUACCUCCAGAGCCAGGACAAACACGUCGUCCACCAUCUCUUCAUGCAGCUCGAAUUGCUGCCUUCCUGGACGUUCCUCGCAUUGCAACGAGUCGGCUCACCCGGUGGACCGACCUCGGAAGAGUUCGAAGUGACGCCAGAGGAGCUCGAGUGGUUCGCGAUGGGUCUCCGACUGGCCGUCUACUACACCCCGCGCGCGGCGGUCCGCCUCCACGAGCUCACGACGGGCCAACAUCGCAAGUCGUCAGCUGUUUCAAGCACUGGCAGCUCGGCCACGCCUGCAUUAUACCACUCGCCUAACUCGAAGCUUGUGUCACCAGUCGUUUCGUACGCGAACGCCUCGAACAACAAUGCGCAAUAUGCUUCCAACUUGCAAAACAGCGGCGCCGCGCUGGGGUCGUUUCCUCCGAUUUCAAUCCUGCCGCAAGCGGAUGAGGAACCGUUGCAACUGCAGUUCAGUCUCGAUGACCUGCAGCAUUUCGACAUUGCACCUCCACCGGAUUUUGUUAGAGGUGGGGUCUGA